AUUAGUCCCAUUGCCAAAGUCAAAUAUUACAAGAUACGGCUAAGUAAAAAAAAGAAAAGGUGGGGAUAAAGCUUGUAUUCUAUUGCAUAUAGACAGAAACAGACAGUCCUCCACAGUACCAACACCCCACCACCGACGCCCUCCACUAAAACAGAAACCCAAAGCACACGUUCCUUUCUAUAAUAGUCAAGAUCACCAAGUGAGAGGUACUAGGAAUUUAAGAAACAUUCAAAAACCGUGUCUCGUUACCUUCACAAACCUUGUCUUGUUACCUUUACAAUGCCUAUAUAUAGGGUUACCACUUCAAGCAUUUCCAGUCAACAAAGCAUCCUGGUUUCUCAUAUAGCGAGUGACAACUGACACGCAUAAACAUACAGAUACAUUGAGCCGUGAGAGUAUAAUCUGGAAAUGGCAAGUCCAAGAGUGUUAGUGACUGCUUUCCUGGUCUUGCUUAUUGUAGACCUCACCUUUGCUGCUAGGACACUGCAGGCAAUCAGUGGAGGUGGAGGUGGAGGGCAGGGAGGAGGUGGUGGUUCUGGAUCAGGACUUGGGUCAGGUUAUGGUUCUGGGUCUGGAUCCGGGAGCGGUGAAGGAUAUGGUGCUGGUGGUCAUGGAGGAGGUGGAGGCAGAGGCGGAGGCGGAGGCGGUGGCAGUGGUGGAGGCAAAGGGUCAGGUUCUGGCUAUGGGUCCGGUAGCGGCUCAGGCUAUGGUUCAGGUAGUGGGAUAGGUGGUGGUGAAGGUGGUGGUGGCGGUGGCGGCAGUGGAGGUGGUGGUGGUGGUGGUCAAGGCUCUGGAUCUGGAAGUGGGUCAGGCUAUGGAAGUGGAAGUGGAAGCGGAAGUGGCGGUGGCAAGGGUGGGAAAGGAAGUGGAGGAGGAGGAGGAGGAGGUGGUGGUGGUGGAUCUGGAUCAGGACUUGGGUCAGGUUAUGGUUCUGGGUCUGGAUCCGGGAGCGGUGAAGGAUAUGGUGCUGGUGGUCGUGGAGGAGGCGGGGGCGGGGGCAGUGGCGGAGGUGGAGGUGGUGGCAGUGGCGGAGGCAACGGGUCAGGUUCUGGCUAUGGAUCUGGUAGCGGCUCAGGCUAUGGUUCUGGUAGUGGGAUAGGUGGUGGCAAAGGUGGUGGUGGUGGUGGUGGCAGUGGAGGUGGUGGUGGUGGAGGUCAAGGCUCUGGAUCAGGAAGUGGGUCAGGCUAUGGAAGUGGAAGUGGAAGCGGAAGCGGUGGUGGCAAGGGUGGGAAUGGAAGUGGAGGAGGAGGAGGAGAAGGAGGAGGUGGGGGUGGAGGAGGAGGAACUGGCUCUGGCUCUGGCUCAGGUUAUGGAAGCGGGUCUGGUUAUGGCUCUGGAUAUGGAGGAGGGAAAGGUAAUUAAAAGCUUGCCAUGAACACAGAGGAUACCUUUUCUUUUGUAUUCUGAAAUAAAAUUGCAGGAGCUCACACAUAGCAUGUUGGCGAGUGAUUUCAACUAUGCAUGUGUGUAUCCCUAUCGAUCGAUAAAGUCACUUUUCCAAAUGCUAUAAAUAAAAGAACACAUUUUACUCUAAGAAUA